AUGUGCAGUGAUUCGAAGUCUGCGCUGCUCCUACGACUUCGCACUCACCAGUAUCCCUCAAUGCGCUAUCAGGUCGGCCGAGCCUGUGCUGCUGCCGGCUACUUCGACCUCUACAAAGAGCUUGACCUCCUCCCGGAUGUCUCCAUAGCUGAGGAGGCUCCGGGAGACGGCGAGACGUAUGUUCGGUGGAAGCUGGAGUGGCGGCACGCGCUUUCAGAAGACGCCACUGAGGACUUCGCCUCUGAGGAGAUUGAUAUUGAAGAGGAUCGAUGUAUCGGUCUCGAACCGGGCGAGCCGGAUGUAUCACACUACAAUGAACUGAACCCGCAGGAGGCGGCGUUGCUUUGGUACAAUCUUGGGGACGACAUUUUCCGAGACACCGAGCGCAUCGAGCAGGGCUACAGCGGCAAUGACAAGGUAGAUAAGAACGGCUCUCAGCAUACUGACGAUGAAGUUCCAACGCAGGGCUCCGGUGUCGAGCUUGAGCUCAGGAUGGACUUGACCAGUUCUACCGCAGGAGCCAACGCCUUGAACUGCGAGGCAUCAGAAGCUCAGACCAUAUCAAUGGGCUGGAUCAAAGGAUAUCGGCAUGGGGGGCUUCAAGCCUGUAGAGGUGGACAUAUUUGA